AUGACCAAUGUCUUGGGCCAAUCCAAGGACAUCUACGCCAUCGACCACCAUUCAAUCCUAGAGCAGGCGGUGUUCCUAGACACGUCGAAGACACUGCAGAACUCUUCCUCAGCAGCAGUCCUAGGCUUAGCCGGAUGUUCGCUCUACUUCAGUCUCCCCUCCGCCAAUCUUGGUAAUGAUGAGAGUGGUAGCUGCGUGUCUGUACUAGACAAAGAUUGCGUGAGAGACUUCACAAAGGUGGCUGUAGACGCAGCAACCGCUAUAUCCAGGAAUGCCGACCCUACGCUCACCACCUCUCAAGCUUGCGCCAAUAUUUCAAAUUCCAUGCAGAAGGUACCCAAGUCGUGCUCAAGAUUUCAGCAGGAUGGGAGCAAAUCGAUUGGGAAAGGCCUAUUAGCAUAUUCCAGUAAAUCCACCAUCCACCACCGCACCAUUCUUCCUCUCAACCUCUCCCCUCCCUCUCAACCCAAGUCCCAGAAUUGCUCAGGCUUCUCCGUUUCCGAUCAGCCCGUUCCCGUCAAUAUCUUCAGCCAAAGCUACGCUUUCCCCAACGCAGCGAACUACACCCUUUACGACCAAUUCGUGCGAUCGACCACGCCCAUGUUGCUCGCCUUCUUCUCAAACGCAACGUCUGGCGUCCAGUACUCCGAACCGUUCGCAGACGCUCACCUGGUCUGCUCGGCACCAAGGAAUGCACAGCCCGACCCAAGAGUGGCCGACUUCCUUGCACGGAACAAGCAAUACGCCCAGACUCACAAACCAAUUCCGACCCUUGAGUCACAAGCCAACGACCCUCCCUCGCCGGCGAUAAUAGUCAUAACCUGCUUCGAUGUCCGCAUCCAGCCUCAGCAAUUCCUCCAAAUCACCGACCCAACGGAGUCCUUCAUCCUGUCCAAUGCAGGCGGCAGAGUUGACGCAGACACUUUGCGCUCGCUCAUGGUCCUAGAUAACGUCAAGGGUAUCAAGUCCGUAAUGGUAAUUCACCACACCGAUUGCGGGCUGACGCACGCAACGGAUGCGAGCCUGAAGGAAAAGUUGAAGAAGACGGUGCCAGAACUAGAGGCAGAAAUUGAGAAGCUUGGUCCAUUGGGGGAGAUCAAGGAGUAA